AUGGCAAGGCAGUUUAAUCCUCAUACUCUCGAUUUAUUUACAAAACUUGGGGCCAGUCCUGAUCUUAAUUUAGGAUUAGGAUUAUUAAAGACAGGCGAUAGCCAUAUUGGUAGCGCAGUCAAAAAGACCUCACAUUUAUGAGGUUCUCAUUUUACGAUGGACUACCCACUAGGUAUAGCCAUAGCCGUAUAAUCAGCCUCUUCCUUGCCUAAAGGCUUCAUUCUUGAGUGGGAGGCUUAUAUAUAUCUCGACUAGCUUGAUUCAAAGGAUUAUAAUUUUUUGCAAUGGAUAGUGCCAUUAGCCUAUGAAUUGGUCGCUGACUCCAUAUUGUGGUUCGGCCAAGGUUAUUUUGGCCGAAUCAGAUUUUAAGCAGGUCCGACCAAAAAAUAACCUUGGCCGGACCAAAAAUAUGGAGUCAGCGACUAAUUCAUAGGCUAAUGGCACUAUCCAUGGCAAAAAAUCUAUAACUCUUUGGAGUCUGUUGGGUGCCGAAGUGUCUCCCUUAGGCAACAGCGAGAAAAUGACUGCUCCAUUUUAGCGAAGGUAGAAACUCCCUGCUUCUCAAAGAGAAGCCCAAUGAUUAAAAUUACAUUCUGGGCACCUCCAUUUUCAGCCACAGGAAAAUAGCCAAAACCUACUCAAAUGCACAUCUUCUGAUACUGCUGAUUAUCAGCUCAAAGUCGAUCCCAGUCCACCUUUGCCUUAAGGUCUGGAUUGUUGCAUCAAGUUGGUAGGUCGAAUUUGUCGUACUUUAAUUUAUCUUAAUUUAGGAACUAACACAUCUAUUCAUUCACCUCAGAGAUCUAUCACAUCAAGUCAAUAUGAUAUGUCUCCAAAAGCUAAUUCAACAACUUCAAAAAAUUUCUAUAUUACUGAGAACCGUCGUAGCAGAGCUCUUUCAGCAAUUUCAUAUAACGAUGCUGCAAUAGCGCCACGAGUUAAGUCUCCUAUUCCCUUAAAUAAACAAAUAGGAAGACCUGACUUUACAAAAGCUGCAUAUGAUGUUCAUCAAAAUCGUUUUGUCUCUUUUGAUAUGUCUCCUCCUAUUUUUACAAAAGUUCGCCAUUCGGCGACUCCUGAUAUUUCAAAAUACUCAGGGAGAGAUUUCAAUAAAAUAUAUGGUGCAGGUUUUUUUCUUUGAGGAAAAUAGUUCUGAUAUAAUUAUUUUUGGAAAAGAAAAUUUAAAAUAAUAAAAUGCUGUUAAUUAUGUAACCCAGUAUAUGGAGAUUUAUCAGAGCAGCCUUCAUAUGAUCCUAACUAUGAAUUAGUAUGGAGAAAAACGUCAAAAGGAAUUCCUUUUAACAAAAUUCUUGGCAGAAAAACUAAUCAUCAAAUCACUAUGAGUGAUUUUACAGCAGAUUUCAUUAACUAUUCAAGGGUUGACCCUAAGGUUCAAAGUCCAGUUCUUGAUCGAAAUCCAUCACGACCUUGUGAUACAGUUUUACCUGCAUUUAUGCUAAAUCGUGCUGACCGAAACGGACUGAAAAUUAUGACAAUAAAGACAUUGAAUAUGAAUAACUACAGAGAUCGUGAGCUAAGGCCAUUGACUUCCAGUUUUGGAAGUGGGUGAACUCCAGCUCCACCUAAAAGUUCAGGCCACAGAGGAAGAUCUCCAAAAAUUGUAAAAAUGCUUGCGAAAAAGCUAAGGCAGGAAAAAAUAAUUUAUCAAAAAUUUUCAGAAAAGGAUAGCGAUGGUGGGAAAUCUGAAAAACCAGCAAAGCUGAGCUAUAGUAUGAGAUAA